AUGAAGACUGUCAUAGCGAGAGCUCCUCCGCCAUUCAAAGGAUUUCAAAGUCGCACAACGAUCCAACUGGAAUUAACCAACCAGCCGCCCGAGUACUUGAAGAAUAUCUUUAUCUACAGUCACCGCAGAAGUCCAGUUUCCUUGUCUGAAAAAAAGAAACAUCCAAAAAAGGCCAAUAUAAUGAAAUUCGGAAAUUUCUUCCUCGCCAUCGCUGCAUCCAUACUUAUUGGAUUCAAAUCAAGUGGAUGUAGACCCAAUCCAGCAUUCGUUCAAAGUGCCGGGCGCAUUAUUAAACCAAUCGGUAGCUGCUCGACCGCCAAGAGCGUGUUUUGA